AUGCGAGAAAAGAGACAAGAGAAAUCCAACACACAAACCACGGAAGAAAUCUGCAGAGACGUCGUUCGACACCUAUCAACAGCUCAAAUACCCAUCAAACCGCUUCCAAGCGUGGAGGAGGUGUUGCGCGAGUCUCAUUUGGCCUUCGUUCGUGGAGAGGGGGUUAGCAACGUGAUCGAAAGACUCAAAGGUGCUAGGCUAACUGCUGCCAGACUACCCGGUGCCUGGGUGGAGUUAUUAGCAGAUAUAGCACACAGAUCAUUCGUUAGUGUAUUGGCAGGUGUUACUAUAUACGGCACUUUCACUCUUCUAUCGGGCUACAACAACCACAAGCAAAUGAGAUUAGAGGCUCUUGAGAGGCAUCAAAUGUCCCUAAAGGAGGAAGAGAAGCAGAUAUAA